UCAGAUGGAGAGAAGUUUCUUUUCUUUGUGUGUCGCCAUACGGUGCCAGUCGAAGGGGAUGGCGUCUCGCGGGAUGUGGGUGUAUUUGCCUGUGGACGUGCCGGCCUCCAGGGCAGCGAGUGCAGCAAUGUCGUCGAAUCCAACGUACUGACAUCCACGCAGACGCCCGUGUCGGCUUGGUAUGGCAGUGAGUGUCUUAAUGCCCUUAUCACAAUUCGUACCGCGAUGAUGCAUGCGAUGCGAGCGCAGGCCAGCUGAAUGAGAGGGCGGCAGUCGACAAACUCAGCCGCCUGCAUCCCACCACACCCACAGCACCAAUGGGCACCAGCGGUAUGUGUGGGGGGUUGUCAUAUCGUACCAGAGUCAGCGAACAGAGACCGUCCACGGUUAGGCGUUCGAUGAACUUGGCGUCCCAGUCAUCAGCAACAACCUGCACUCACACACGCACGACAUCCUGCCGAUGCACGUCGGCCCUCUCCCUCCCUCCCUCCCUCCCUCCCUCACUGACUGACUGACUGACUGUCAACUCUCACCUCCGUCAGUUCAUCUGUUUGGAUUGGCUUGCUGAUGUCGGCCGCCUGGCCCUUGUGAUGCUCCGCAUAUUCGCUGAUCUGCUUGAGCUGGGCGCUGUCGACCUCUGGCAGCGGGAUGGGAUCACUGCUCCCGCCUGAAGCAGAAGAAAUGACAUGCGCUAUCAUAUAUCAUCGGUCCGUGUGCUCUGAUCCCAUUGUCUCUCUCUGUCGUACCAGCGGCUGUCUCACCAAAUCAACGAAUAUAAAAUGUGGGCAGCGAUAGCCUGAUGGAGACACAGUGAGAAGCAUGACAGCAAGAACAUUCGACGACGUACCCACUGUACCCUUGUGUACGUCAGAUGGAGGGUCCCUCCUCACAGCAGCCAGCUCGCCUCGCCGCAUGCUGCAUGCAAUGCAGCAGAGACACGGCGAAGGAAAAGGAUUCGCCCCAUUGAUGUGUCGAUGCGUCUCUUCUGUUGCCAUGCAUCCCCGUAUGUGUGUGUGCCCUUACUCAUUCUUGCAGAUUGAAGUGUGAGGCGCCUGGAAGUGCUCAGUGGACAGCCGGCAAUGCGAACGAAGAUAACAACCAAUAUAAAAUGUAGGCAGCCAUCCUAAGGUCGGGCCGAUCAGCCGCUCUCGCUCUCCGGCUCCAUUCUGCAGGCAGAGUGACGUCGACCUCCUGAUGACACAACCUGUAACACAGCAGACCGACGGACAUUAUGUGCAGGCUGAAUGCAGGCUGAAUGAGGCCUCGUUGUGGUGGUGGUCUGCAUGUGAUCGAUGAAGCCUACUUCGUAUCAGUGAGUUGUCGCUGCAGGUUUGAGUCUUGUGGAGGUACCAGACGUCGCUGCACCAGACGUCCUCUGCAGACGACGCCUGUUCCCACAGCCGACGAGCCUCCUCAGGACACGAGGGCCAGACACAACACAU